CUACCAGGUAUGUGUUUCUGGUUGUAAUCUGAUUUGGAGCUCUUCGAAGACUACUGUUUGCUUCUCUACAGUCUAGCCGUAAAGCUUAUGUGGCACUAAUUUUCACUCACCAGGACUGUCUUUCCUUGUGGGUUGGCACGCAGUUGUAGGACUGCAGAAUGGGUCUCCGGAUUCACUUUGUUGUUGACCCACAUGGUUGGUGCUGCAUGGGUUUGAUUGUCUUUGUCUGGUUAUACAAUAUUGUUUUAAUUCCCAAAAUUGUCCUCUUUCCUCACUAUGAAGAAGGACAUAUUCCAGGCAUAUUAAUAAUAAUAUUCUAUGGCAUUGCCAUAUUUUGUCUGGUUGCUUUAGUGAGGGCCUCAUUUACUGAUCCAGGAAGACUCCCCGAGAACCCUAAGAUUCCACACGGAGAACGGGAGUUCUGGGAAUUAUGUAACAAAUGUAAUUUGAUGAGACCAAAGCGUUCCCAUCACUGUAGCCGCUGCGGCCACUGUGUUAGGAGAAUGGAUCAUCACUGUCCAUGGAUUAACAAUUGUGUGGGUGAAGACAAUCAUUGGCUUUUUCUGCAGUUGUGUUUCUACACGGAACUUCUUACUUCCUACGCACUGAUGUUUUCUUUCUGCCACUAUUAUUACUUUCUUCCAGUAAAAAAGCGUAACUUGGACCUCUUUGUUGUUAGACAUGAAUUGGCCAUAAUGAGACUAGCUGCCUUUAUGGGCAUUACUAUGUUAGUUGGAAUAACUGGACUUUUUUAUACUCAACUAAUUGGCAUCAUCACAGAUACAACAUCUAUUGAAAAGAUGUCAAACUGUUGUGAAGAAAUAUCGAGGCCCCGAAAGCCAUGGCAGCAGACCUUCUCAGAAGUUUUUGGCACUCGUUGGAAGAUCCUGUGGUUUAUUCCUUUCAGGCAGAGGCAACCACUGCGAGUUCCCUACCACUUUGCCAAUCACGUCUAAACAGAUGGAUGGUGGGCACAGAUGGGUCCUCCAUGCUGGAAAUGCGUUACAGGUUUUCUGAUAAUAGAACUAUGACAGUCUUCAAGUCAAUUAAAAUCCACCCACCAAUCUUAGGCAUCAUAAUGUGCCCCAGGCUUUAUUUUAAUAGUGAUCUUGAUCUGUUGUGGGACUAAUACGAGAUCUAUAUUUAAGUUUUAAAGCAUGUUUACUUUCAAAUUAGCUUUCCCCAGGGAUUUCUUUAAAUGCUUUUGUGAUUAGACCCCAAAGGCAGUGAUUGAAAUAAAAUAAUUGUACAUAAUUUUUUUUAGUACUGACAAUGUUACAGAUUUUAAUUUAUGGGAAAUUUCAGAUGUUUAUUUAGAUUUUUCACUCUUAAGCAGUACUAACCAAAUUUGAAUUUAAUUCUUCGGGUUUACAAAAGUCGAUACAUCUUAUAUGUAAGUUUUCUUUUUUCAAAUACAUCAUAAUUUAAAUAGCAGUACUGCCUUUUAUAUGUGCUGCGGGAUUUUCUUAAUGCGGUAUAGAAUUGAACAACAACAAAAAACCAAAAACAACAACAGAAAAAGGGCAGUGUUUUCUUAGAAGUAGCUCUCUGUUUUCUGUUUUUCUCUUCGCCAAAAACAAAUUAAAAACACCACUAAGAUAAAACACCAACUACCUACCUUAUUUUAAAGGGAAGAUGAAUUUUUUUUCCAUAUUAACUUUUCCACUUCUUUUCCCUGUACUGAUGUAAUUAUUGGUUAUUGUUAAAGUAAUUGCUCCAAGGCAGAAUUUUUGACCACACGGGCAUGUAUUCUGUUUUACCCUAAGAUUUUGAUGAGCAAAAGGGUAGAGAAUUUGCAAUAAUUCCACAGGUACCUUUUCUAGUACAGUUAUAUUAGAAUGCAUAUGUUUUUAAAAUGCUAGUGUACUACAUAGUGUACAAUGUACAGUAUAAGGAGGAAUAUUGUGCUUUUACAACACACACAUGGAUAUAUACACUUUUUACUUUUAUUUACCUACUAGUUGGUCCAAAAUUACACAUUGAAGGUUUAUAUGUAAUAGAUAUUGGCCAACUAAAUAAUGAAAUUUUAUUUAUAGGAAGUUGCUAGUAAAAGUAAGUAACCUUUGUGUACCUAUAAUCACCCAAAUUGAAAUGAAAUUUUAAUCGGCCAACUGUAAAUUUGGAUUGAGAGACCUUUUGUUAGUAGCUAAUGUUAAGAAAUGACCUUACAACAAGAAAACGUAAUU